CUCAGAGUUAAGCAGAGUUUUCGAAGGUCCUUACACGAAGCACUGAGCUCUCGCUGAUUUUCACAUUCGUUGUUCGUUCUCAUUAUCUCAGAGGCUUCGCUCGUAUCCUCGCUCCUCUUGAGCUCCACCUAAAGGAAAUGAGCGGAUUAAGUUUGAGGUUGACGAUCGCGAACUCGAAGAAGUUACGGCUAACAAUUAAUUGGUAGUCCUGGUCCGGGAACUCGCAAUUCCGUUUCGCGUCCCAAAUUUGAAAAGCAUUGUGUUGGAUGUCAAACUCUAUAUAUUAAAUUUUUCUAUAAGUUUCUACAUGCUGAUGGCUUGGAUUUCUUGAAAAUAGAAGUGGAUUCACCAAUAUGAGUAAUCUCGUCACGCAAGGCAUCUUCCACCAGAAUUUGAUACGUCCAACGGUUGCUAAAUAUGAAAGUAAAGUUAAUUCUUCCUUCAUAUCUGCAAACACUUUAUACCAAGAAGUAAGUGAGAACAAAGCUCUAGCACAAGCACCGAAUUUUCUACUUGCUAAAAAGUUUUGUGGGAGCAAUUUAUGUGUAAGAAAACGAAAAGUAGCCAUGGGAAGGCACCCACAAGCUGCAGUUGUUCCACACGCUGUGACUUCCACCCCAGGUCAAGCUUCUGAGAUUUCAGGAACAUUCCUUCUUGACGGGAAUAUUGAAUUGCAGGUUGGUGUUACGUCUUCAGCACCAGGGCCCACAGAGAUAGAUAUACGAGUUUCUAGCAUUAGUGACUCUUUGCUUUUGCACUGGGGAGUUAUUCGUGAUCAACAAGGGAAGUGGGUAAUUCCUUCUCGACGCCCAUAUGGAACAGAAGUAUAUAAAAAUAGGGCUCUUAGGACUCCAUUUGUGAAAAGGGGCUCUGGAUCCAUCCUUAAAAUAGAAAUAGAUGAUCCUGCGGCACAAGCUAUUGAGUUCCUUAUACUUGAUGAAGCUCGGAAGAGGUGGUUUAAAAACAAUGGUCGGAACUUUCACAUUAAGUUACCAUUGAAAGUUCAGUCAGAUAAAAAAAUUUCAGUUCCCGAAGACCUUGUACAGAUACAAGCUUAUCUUAGGUGAAGAAAGGGUAAGCAGAUAUACACUCCAGAGCAAGAAAAGGAGGAAUAUGAAGCAGCUAGAAGAGAACUAUUGGGGGAACUGACUAGGGGUACUUCGAUAGAAGACCUUUAUGCGAGGUUAAAAGACAAAACUACUGCCACUGAAAUCAACGAGCCUUCUGUUCCUGAAACAAAGAUAAUUCCUGAUGAACUUGUACAAGUACAAGCCUAUAUACGGUGGGAAAAAGCUGGGAAGCCUAACUACUCUCCAGAUCAACAACUUAGGGAAUUUGAGGAAGCAAGAAAUGAAUUGCUAGCUGAGCUUGAGAAAGGCACUUCUAUAGAUGAGAUAAAGAAGAAGAUUUUCAGAGGAGAGAUACAGACAAAGGUUGCCAAGCAAUUGAAAACCAAAAAAUAUUUUCGUGCUGAAAGAAUCCAACGGAAAGAGAGAGAUUUGAUGCAACUUAUCAACAGACAUGUUGCUGAAAACAUUGUUGAACAAGAUAUAGCAGUGCCAAAGGCCUUGACAGUGAUUGAGAAAUAUUCCAAGGCAAGAGAGGAAUGGAAUAGAGGUCUUCUUUUGAAUAAGGAAAUCUACAAGCUCGGUGAUCAUGAUCUUUUGGUCCUUGUUACUAAAGAUUCUGGCAAGAUAAAGGUCCACCUGGCUACAGAUUUUAAGUCGCCUGUUACUCUUCACUGGGCCUUAUCUAGAACAACACCAGGAGAGUGGUUGGUACCCAAUCAAAGUGUUCUGCCCCCUGGUUCAGUUUCUGUAAAUGGGGCUGCUGAGACACAAUUUAAAAGUAGUUCUUCAUCUGAUCCUUUUCAUGAGGUCCAAUUCUUAGAUAUAGAGAUUGAAGAUGAUACUUUUAAAGGAAUUCCUUUUGUCCUUCUGUCGUGCGGAAAAUGGAUAAAGAAUAAUGGGUCAAACUUCUAUAUUGCAUUUGAUAGCAGAACGAUGCAAAUACAGAAGGAUAAUGUUGAUGGCAAAGGUACUGCCAAGUUUUUGCUGGAUAAAAUAGCAGAAAUGGAAGAUGAGGCACAAAGGUCCUUCAUGCAUCGAUUUAACAUUGCAGCGGAUCUUAUAGAUCAAGCAAAGGAUGCUGGCCUAUUGGGCCUUGCAGGUAUCUUGGUGUGGAUGAGGUUCAUGGCAACAAGGCAGCUCAUAUGGAACAAAAAUUACAAUGUGAAGCCACGUGAGAUCAGUAGAGCUCAGGAUAGGCUUACAGAUUUACUUCAGAAAGUGUAUACAAGUUAUCCACAGUAUAGAGAACUUGUAAGAAUGAUCUUGUCCACAGUUGGCCGUGGAGGUGAAGGUGAUGUAGGACAGCGGAUUCGGGAUGAGAUUCUUGUUAUCCAGGGAAAUAAUGAUUGCAAAGGUGGAAUGAUGGAGGAAUGGCACCAGAAGUUGCACAAUAAUACUAGUCCUGAUGAUGUUGUAAUCUGUCAGGCACUGAUUGAUUAUAUAAAUAGUGACUUUGACAUUGGUGUUUACUGGAAAACAUUGAAUGCUAAUGGAAUAACGAAAGAUCGUCUUUUGAGCUAUGACCGUGCAAUCCAUUCUGAGCCAAAAUUCCGAAGAGACCAGAAGGAAGGCCUUUUGCGUGAUCUGGGAAACUACUUGAGGACUUUGAAGGCCGUUCAUUCAGGUGCAGAUCUUGAAUCUGCUAUUUCAUACUGUACGGGAUAUAAAGCUGAGGGUCAAGGCUUCAUGGUUGGUGUGCAGAUAAAUCCUGUGCCUGGUUUGCCAUCUGGUUUUCCAGAAUUACUUCAGCUUGUUAUGGACAACAUUGAGGUUAAGGAAGUUGAGCUGCUUCUUGAGGGUUUGCUUGAGGCUCGCCAAGAACUACGUCCAUUGCUCUCUACGCAUCAGGAUCGUUUGAAAGAUCUUUUAUUUUUGGAUAUGGCCCUAGAUUCUACUGUUAGAACUGCACUGGAAAAGGGAUAUGAGGAACUGAAUAAUGCUGGACCAGAGAAAAUAAUGCACUUCAUCUGCAUGGUUCUUGAAAAUGUUGCACUUUCAUCAGAUGACAAUGAAGAUCUUGUCUACUGCUUGAAGGGAUGGAAUCUUGCCUUAAGUAUGUGCAAGAGGAAGGAUACUCAUUGGGCAUUGUAUGCAAAAUCAGUACUUGAUAGAACACGACUUGCACUUGCGCACAAGGCUGAGUGGUACCAGAAAAUUUUGCAACCAUCAGCAGAAUACCUUGGAUCACUGCUUGGGGUGCAUAGAUGGGCUGUGGAAAUCUUCACUGAAGAAAUUAUUCGUUCUGGGUCUGCUGCUUCUUUGUCUUCUCUUCUUAAUCGACUGGAUCCAAUCCUCCGAAAAACGGCAAAUCUUGGAAGCUGGCAAAUUAUUAGCCCAGGUGAAGCCAUUGGAUAUGUUGAGGUUGUGGAUGAGUUGCUUGCUGUUCAAAACAAAUUUUAUGAGCGGCCUACAAUUUUGGUUGCAAAGAGUGUGAAAGGAGAGGAAGAAAUACCAGAUGGCAUAGUUGCUGUCCUGACACCUGAUAUGCCGGAUGUCUUAUCUCAUGUUUCUGUGAGAGCAAGAAAUAGCAAGGUCUGUUUUGCCACAUGCUUUGAUCCCAAUAUCUUGGCUAGCCUCCAAGCAAGUAAAGGAAAGCUUUUGCAUGUAAAACCUUCAUCUGCUGAUGUGAUUUAUAGUGAGGUCAAAAAGGAAGAGGUAAAUGAUUCCAAAUCAACUAAGCUGAAAGGAGUUGGCUCUUUGUCACCUCUUAGUUUGACCAAAAAGAAGUUUAGUGGUAGAUUUGCCAUACAGUCCGAUGAAUUUACAAAUGAAUUGGUUGGAGCAAAGUCACGCAAUAUCUCUUAUUUAAAAGGAAAAUUGCCUUCUUGGAUUGGAAUCCCCACUUCAGUUGCCAUACCAUUUGGAGUAUUUGAACACGUUCUUUCUGAUAGAUCAAAUAAGAUAUUGGCUGAGAAGGUUAAAAUUCUGAAAAAGAAGUUGGAGGAGGGAAACUUCAGUGCCCUCAGAGAGAUUCGGGAGACAGUGUUACAGUUGAAUGCUCCAUCCCAGCUGGUAGAGGAGCUAAGGAGCAAGAUGAAAAGUUCUGGAAUGCCUUGGCCUGGUGAUGAAGGUGAAAAACGAUGGGAGCAGGCAUGGAAGGCUAUAAAAAAGGUUUGGGGUUCGAAGUGGAAUGAAAGAGCAUACUUAAGCGCAAGAAAAGUGAAACUGGACCAUGAUUAUCUUUCCAUGGCUGUUCUUAUCCAAGAAGUUAUUAAUGCUGACUAUGCUUUUGUCAUCCACACAACUAAUCCAUCAACAGGAGACUCAUCGGAAAUAUAUGCUGAGGUGGUGAAGGGACUUGGGGAAACUCUUGUUGGAGCUUACCCUGGUCGUGCUUUAAGUUUUAUAUGCAAAAAACAUAACCUGAACUCCCCUCAGGUCUUGGGUUAUCCUAGCAAACCUGUUGGCCUCUUCAUAAAACGCUCAAUUAUUUUCCGAUCUGACUCCAAUGGUGAAGAUCUAGAAGGUUAUGCCGGUGCUGGCCUUUAUGACAGUGUGCCAAUGGACGAGGAAAAGAAAGUUGUGCUGGAUUACUCUUCUGAUCCACUCAUAGUUGAUAGUGGUUUCCGCAAGUCAAUCCUGUCCAGCAUUGCUCGUGCAGGAAGUGCUAUUGAACAAUUAUAUGGCUCUCCUCAAGACAUUGAAGGUGUGAUCAGGGACGGAAAAGUCUACGUUGUCCAAACCAGACCACAAAUGUAAGCCUCUAAACCCACGUCACCUAAUUCACCUACCCGAACUAUGAUCAACCCGGACCAGAGUUGCGAAUGUGGGCAAUUGAGAGUUUGAACUGGCAGCUCAAAAUUUGCUUGUAGAUGCAAAUUCAACGUGAAUGUUAUUAAUGUGAUACAAUAAUGCUUACUUUCUACCGUAAUCAUGUGAAUAAGAAAGCUCUAUUUGCGCUAUUAUCCAAUCAUUCUUUUUAUUUA